UCAGGCAAAGAGCGAUCUAUCGCUGGAACGGUCAAGAGGAGGCACCAGGGCGCAGAAUAGUUACCACACUUCAGGGUCGGUCGGUCAGGCGCUGGGUGGGUGGACUGUUUGGGGUGGCCACGAAGCGGGAUCUGGUAUCGAGCAGCUGGGCAGAGGGAAAGAGGAAAGAAGCGCACAGAGAAAGUUAGGAGAGCUCUACUCUAAUGGACGGCCAGGUCUUGGUCCCCUCUUCGGAGGCGAGUUUGAAUGGCGCUCCUGCGGCAGCAACGGAUCCCGGGGUUGGGUUCAAGGAUAGCAAUCCAAGUGGGCCAUUGCCGCCAUCUGAACUGGUUUCCUCUGUAUACAACUCCCUGCCUUCGGGACAGCCGCCGCCGCCUCCGCAACAUCCGCAGCAGCAAUCUUUGGGUACUUUGGAGUUUGGCAGCGGCAGUGGAAACAGUAACACGGGUGUGGGUGCCUCCCAAGCUUCACCGGUUCCUGUAAUUCCUCCGCCUGUUGCUGGAUCAGGGUUAGGGUCGACUGGUGCUGGGACGGUUGGGAUCGACUUGACUGCACGCAUGAGCGCAGCGUCUGAAAUCCAUCACCAAGGCGUCGGUAGCGGUGUCGGCGGCGUCGGCGGCGGCAUUGGGGUUUUCGCGGCUGAGAGAAUGGGUACGAACGCUACGGCUCUCUCUUCAAUCUCUCCUUCUCAGGGACUUCCUCCUCCCCCUCCUCUUUCGGCGGGAAUCACGCCACCUAAGAUGGUGAUUCCCCCCAUGGAGGGAGACGAUCAUCAUCGCAGCAUCCAUGAUUCCGCGUCUGCUCCCGGCAUGCAGAGCUAUGGCGGUCCCGGCGCUGUCGUUGCGCCGGCAGGCGAUGCACAGAACGUUAUGGCAGGUUUUCAAGAACCCCACCACGAUCAGAAGAUGUCCAGUAUAGUGGAGACGAAGCCGGAAGCUGAGGUCAAGCCACGAAUGAACGAUGGCGAAGCAAACGGUGAAAGUGAUGAGAGGAAAGAACCCAAGGUGGGAGCGGAGACUGGCCCCCUGAAGUCAGAGUUUACUCUAGAGGCGGCUGACGAGGCCUCGCGUCAACAGCAGGAUCUUCUACAGAAGCAGAUGCAACCGCAGCCGCCACAGAAGCUUGGAGAGGUGGUUGGGAACGGUCAUUUGCAGCAGCAGCAACAGCAGGGACAGCAUCAGCAUCAGCAGCAUCAGCAGCAUCAGCAGCAUCAGCAUCAGCAGCAUCAACAGCAGCAGCAGCAGCAGCAGCAGCAACCACAGACACAACAGCCGCCUCAGGAGGAAAAGCCUGAGGUCAUCUUGCCGCCUGAAUGGGAGACAGUGCAAAUCCCCGCGCAUUGGUACGCGAAACCGUGCGUGCGAAUAUCAGGAAUGGGAGGCGACGUGUACGACGAGGAUUUAAGACCUAUGCUGGAGUCGUGUUAUCGCGUUUCGAGCUUCGUGUACGAGAGCGAGAGGAGGGAGGCAGCACUGGUAAGAAUUGACCCCGGGAGCCCCUAUGGAGGGGGUGGGGUGACGGCGGAGGAGAUCGCGGAGAAGCUGCGGGACAUCUUCGAUAAUGUAAAGAUCAAGGAUAAGUUGUAUGUGGAGCCCUUCCGUCCAGAUUCGUUCCUUUUCAUCGGAAACUUAAGGAUGGAUAUCGACGACGCGGAGUUGUACAACAUGUUUGCGCCUCACGGUUCCGUCGAGCGGGCCUUUGUCGUGCAUAACUCAGAGGGAAGGCGGAAAGGAUAUGGUUUCGUUGAAUACAGCCUAAAGCCACAGGCCAGUCAAGCGAAGAUCGCAAUGGGGAAUAUCAACAUGGACGGCCGUGUUCUGCGAGUUGAGUGGUCGGAUUGUCGCUCGGUGGCUGAGAUGUUCUCUGCAGUGCUCUUCGUCGACAGGCUACCGAGGGAAUUCAACGAUGUGGGGCCGGCCCUUCAAAAGCUGUUCGAGAACUACGGCAAAGUACUGAUGUGCAACAUGGUCCUGGGAGAGCAUAAUGUUCCGCGUGGAUUUGCCUUCAUCGAGUUUUCUCAUUCGACGAUGGCCGACAGAGCUCGGAUUGCAUUGGACGGUCACGAUUUCAUGGGCUCCAAGAUUCGAGUUAGCUUCGGCAAUCCCUCCAAGAAAGGACAGCGCGGGUUACCCACGACGUAUCUGCAAGGGGAGGCCUGCGAUUUUAAGCCAUCACAUUUUUAUAAGCAGCGCAUGGGAACAUCAGGAUCUCAUUACGGACGUAAUCGUCAAGGAGCCGGUUCUGGUGGGGAGGGCGGUGGCCGCGGUGGCUCUGGCGGCGGGCGAGGCUCAUACAUGGGCGGUGGUGGGGGUGGUGGCGGGUCAGGAGGCGGAUCUAUGAGAGGACCAAGCAUGCAGCAGAUGCUUGGGCCAAGGAUGAUGGGCCCUCGGCCGGCAAUGGGAAUCGGAAUGAACAUGGGAAGAGGUGGACCUGUUGCCAUGGGAGCGCCGGGAAUGAUGGGGCGAGGUAUGGGGGGGAUGAUGAUGGGCCAGCAGAUGAUGAUGGCUCGAGGAACCACGGGGCCUGGCAUGAUAGGUCCAGGGCCUGGUGCACGGCCAAUGAAUCCUGGAAUGAUGGGUGCACGUGGGCCCGCAGGUGCUGUCAUGAUGGGACAUACGGGACCCAUACAAGCAGGAGCGGUGACACCGGCGGCGCGCACGGGGUUCCCGCAACAGCAAGGAGCUGCAGGUGCUGUUCAGGUGGGUAGCACAGAUCCCCAGUCAGGGGCAGCACUGACGGUACCUGGGCAAACUGUACAAGCUCAGGGUCAAGCCACAGUGCAAAAUCAGGCGGCACAGCAGCAGCUUCCACAAGGAAAUCAGGGACAGCAGAUGGCAGGAGGGCAAACGACCAUGCAAGCAGGGCAAAACGUGCAGCAGCAAUUUAUCGCUGGACAGCGAGGACCGUAUGGACAGCAGGCUUACAUGCAAGCUGGGCCUGUACGCCCGCAGGCACCUACAGGCCAGCAGACUCAGCAGCAGCCUAUGCAGAAUUUCUAUUCUCAGCAGCAGCAAUAUGCACUGCAGGGCUACCAACAACAAACAGCAGUCCAACAAGCCGGUGCUCAGGCUCAGUAUCAACCCGGUACUCAGGCAUCCUACGCUGCGGGGGCACAGAAUGCCUAUCAGUAUGGGCAGCAGCAGCAAGGUUACUAUCAGCAACAGCAAAUUCCCCAGCAACAGCAAGUCCCUCAUCAGCAGCAACAGGGACAAGUGGCAGCCACACCAGCGACUCCAGUAUCGACAGCAGCCUCGUCUCAAGCAGCGCAGGCGGGUUAUGGCGCACAAGUGACUACAGUGGCGACACCACAACAGCAGCAGCAGUAUGCCCAGGCCCAACAGUAUGGGCAGCAGCAGUACCCUCAGCAGGCAGCACAACAAUAUGCUGUUGCAGGACAGCCACAGCAGCAGCAACAGCCGGCUAUGCAAGCUGCUGGGCAAACUGCACAGGCGACUCAGCAAGUACAUCACCAGGCGACAGCUCAACAGCAGCAAUAUGCACAGUAUGGACAGCAGCAGGCGCAACAGCAGCAGCAGUAUGCUCAGUAUGGACAGCAGCAACAGCAAGCUUACGGGCAGCAAGUGCAGGCACAGGCAGCUAUAGUGCAGCCGCAGGCGUCUUCUAUGCAGCAAACCGGAGUAGCAGCUCAGCCGCAGGUCCAACAAGCUCAACUUCAGCAACAAACCCAGCAACAGCAGACAGCGCAGCAACAACAGUAUAGUCAGCAGUGGACUGAUUGGUACAACCAGCAGGCACAAGCACAGCAGGCGCAACAGCAGCAAGCAGCACAACAGCCUCAGCAGGCCGUUCAACAGCAGGUUCAAGGUCAGGCACAGGCUCAGCAAGCGCAGCAGCCUCAGCAACAGCAGGCACAACAACAGCAAGCAGGAGUUGCUCAGCAGGUCCAGCCUGCAGCUACGCAAGCUGUGGCUGCUGCGACUGCAGACACCGUACAACAGCAGUAUGCUGCUUAUUACCAACAACAGGCAGCAAUGACGACAGCGACUCCGAAGGCUACUGCAGCCACUCCUGUGGCUACUGCAGCAGUGGCGCAGACUCCUGAACAGCAAUGGGCUGCUUAUUAUGCGGCACAGGCUGCAGCUGCAGCAGCAACCCAGCAACCGGCUCAGGCCCAAGCAGCAGCUCAGAGCGUAGCAACAACAACGACGCCUGUGGCUGGUGCUGCAGCGGCAACGUCAGGGGCAGUUGCAGCAGCCGCCACCACGCAGACACUUGAGCAACAGUGGGCUGCAUACUAUGCUGCCCAGGCGGCUGCAGCGCAACAGACUCAGCAACAGCAGCAGACACAACAGCAGCAGCAGGCUGUGCAAGGGACACAGCAGCAGGCACAGGUGGCAGCAACGGCCGCUGCAUAUUCGCAGCAGGCUGGGUAUGUGCAACAACAGGGUUAUCCGGCACAAGGGGCGGCUGCAACUGUAUAUUAUCAGCAACAGACGGCUGCUACAGCUGAGGCUGGGCAGAAAAGGACUGUAGACCAGGCGUAUGCAACUCAGCAGCAACAACAGCAGGCAACUGCAAAUGCGUAUGCCUACCAGCAGCCACAGGCGCAACAGGCGCAGCCUGCACAAGCUGCUGCGCAGCCACAAGCAGCUGCAGCUAGUGCUGCAGUCUACGGCCAACAGCAAGCCUAUGAUUACAGCAAGCGACCAAGAUAUUGAGGUUGGAUUACGAAAUGGCAGGGUGUCAGAUUCUUUCCCCUGGCACAGGAUGGAGAUGAAGUCAUGUAUGCGAACAGAGUGAUGAGCGGGUAGAUCUCCCGGAAGAGUGUGGAUCUUUGUGGUGCAGUGGAUGUGUUGAUGCUGGAUCUUGCUGCGACUGGACGUAUGGUGAGGUGGUUGGCUGGCUCCCUGAAGCAAUGAAAGUGAGGUGAUGGAGCUGGCGUGCCAGACUAAUGAGGAUACUCCGUGGCUGGUAUGAGAAGGGCUCUUCUGGUCCCAUAUGCCUACACCAAGAGCGGCAUCAGUUUGAAAUUCAAAAGCGAAUAUUGCAAUGCCAGUUAUCACCUACCUAAAGCACAAAGCACAAGGGAAAGAUCAUCCAAAGGUCUUGGGGUUUGGGUAUCUGGGUGGAUGAUGAUGUGGGUUAUGCGUGUGUCGGCAUGCAAAAUCUCAGUAUAGCUGUCAUGAAGGUCCAAUCGGGCUUCAAAGUGGGUGCCAGGCCCUUGAAAUCAGGAAAGAAACCAGUCUCUAUUUUGACUUGUGGCUAGCCAAUCCCUGACCCAUCUGCGUGUAGGUUCUGUGGCCAAGUUGACAAAUGUGAUUUUUCUUGACAACGUCCGCUUGGGGUUGUCAGUGGACGGAAUAUCUGUAGUAGUACCAUUUUGCACUGAAGCGAAUUGCAAGGGAUAGAUGCGGGUUGGGGGGGGAGGCGAAGCGAGUGAUCAUUGAUGCCGGUUAUAUCUGUGUCAGUGAAAGGUAGCAGAGGGAUUGUUGUAUUGUAAGAGGUGCAGUCUUCUUUUUUUUCUUUUCUGCAGUUGUCAUGCUCCACUAGGGAAUCGGUCAGAUGAUUAUGAAGGGCCUGCCUGUUAUGCAGUGGUUACAUGUACUCUUUACUGGAAAUGUUGUAUGGCCCGCCUAUGUAUGCAACGGGCUGUGGGGUUCCCUUUUACGAAAGCGAAGUCAUGGGGCUCACACUGUUCUCGAGUUACGGAUUGCCAAUUCUUGCACAGUGAUUCACUGAGUGUGUAUACCUUGUUUGAGUAGCUUGGGGCAGAACAGAAGCCCACGCACAAUGUUUUAGCUAAAUGAAUAAUUGAACAAUGCUCGUCUGGACGAAGGGAUGUGUGUGAGCCUCGAGAUGGAAGUCUGUGUAAACAUUGACCUAAGUAUGUGGAAGAAAUGGACAACGGGCCAGCAGAAGUUGGGGGGGAGGGGGGGUCUUAUGCGUUCUGUCUUGUAUGGGAGGGCUUCAAAUACAUAUGCUCAGUUUUGUGGCUUAUUGCGUCCCCAAGUCCACAGUUCCUUCAUUAUUCCUGAACCUAGGAAGGUAUGAGACAUAACAGGUGAGGAAGAGCGUCCUCUUAGAGUGCUGUGGAACAAGAGUCCACAUUCUGCAGGGUCUUUUCUAUCGGGUUGGGCACCAGUUUUUCAUGAACCUUGGCUUCUUGAGAAUUUGUGAUUCUGCUGUUGAGUCCGUUUCCCAUGCAGGAGUCCCUGAAGUAGUGAAAAGAUGGGGUUGGGGAUUUGGAAGGCAGUUUGUGCGGUGUUGCGGACUGUCGCUAAGUCUUUUUUUCCAACAAAUGUGCUGGUUUAUG